UUUUGAUCUUUUCGUUUUCAGAUUUUGAUAUCAAUCAUCGUUCCGUUAUUUAUAGAGAGAAUUUUUAAUUUUCAGAAAACAUUCCGCAAUUUUACAACACAAUGAGCCGAGAAAUAUUAGCUCCUCCAUUACAACGAAUGGACAACAAUCGCUGUUAUCGUGUGAAUUUAAUACAUGAAGACUUUGGUAAUCAAUUUGCAGCCAUGCAACACAAAAGAAAUCAGCCUCAAGCAGCCAAUACCGGAACUGCUUAUACUGAGCAAGACCUCUAUGCCGAAGAUGACGAUGAUGAGCAAGAAGAUACCGGAAGCUUCCAUAUAGAGGAGCUUCCAAGCGGUCAUUAUAAACUGACUAUGCAUGUGGCACAGAGUUUCUACGGUGGCCUGAUCGGAUUCAAAGGUAGCACAAAGCGGCGCAUUGAAUCAGAAACACAAACAGAUAUUAAUGUGCCGCGUAGUAGGGAAGGUGGCCAGAAACAAGUCGAAGAUAUUACUAUAAAAGGUAAAACACGCAUAAACGUUAUGGCGGCUCGGAGAAAAAUUAAUUUGCUAGUUAUAUCACUGCGCAAACGUAUGCGACCGACGCAUUUUGCAUGCGUACCGUUAAACUACGGUGAAAUAAAGGAAAGAUUCUGUGAAUUUAAGAAAGAAGUUUUAACCCUUAAUUUACCUGGGAUUGAUGAAAAGCUUUUCCAAACCGAGGAGUGCAUACAUUUGACAUUAAGCACUUGUGUUUUGCUAGAUACCGCUGAGCGUUCUAAAGCUGUCGAAAUACUACAAAGUUGCAAAUCAUUCCUCUCCGACCUAAAAACACCAUUUCAAAUUGAAGUGAGGGGACUAGAAAUCAUGAAUGAUGACCCAAGUGCUGUGCGUGUGUUAUAUGCCCGUAUAGAAUCGCCUGAACUGCAAAAGUUCGCUGAUUUGGCGCUUCAGCCUUUUUUACGUAGUGGCCUAGGGUUCGAAGAUUACGAACGAGAUCAUGUGAAAUUGCAUAUGACUGUAAUGAACAAUCGCUUUCGUAAGCAGUUAGACGACAAGUCAGCAAGAUCUUUCGACGCACGGGAAAUAUUAAAACGUUACGGUGAUUAUAAUUUUGGCCGAGCGGAGUGCAACGAGGUGCACCUGUGUGUGAUGCACCAUACAUCGGGUGACGAUCAUGGAACAUUUUACAAAAUCACCGGAACCUUAAAGUUCCAAAAAGAUAUUAAAAAAAUAUAAAAUCACCCUUCUAACUGCUUUCUUAUUUUAGUACUAAUUGUGCUACCUUUAAAUAUACCACACUGAUAAAUUCAAAUAAAACACUUUUAAUUGCUUUUUAAAAAUA